AUGCCUCGUCUACGACGACUUGAACUCGUUGUUAACUGUGAGGGAAACUGCAAUCUUGGUUAUGGUGAUCGAUGGAAAAUAUUCAUACUUGAACGACUACCAUUGCUUACAACAUUUAAUUUCAAGUUUAAGUUGGAACAUGUAUACCGUAAUGAAGAGACUAUACUUUAUCAUUUUCGUAAUCCAUUCUGGCUCGAUGAGAAUCGACAUUGGUUUGUAGCGUACGAUCAUCGUCGUUCCGUUCUAUAUACAGUACCGUAUUUUGCUCCUCGUUCUAUUGUAUACUCUGAAAUUCCAGUACUCCCUCAUGCAAUGACAUUACCUAUUGGACAGUAUGCCAUAUUUUAUAAUAUGAUUAACGAACUUAGAUUCGAUUCAAUAAAAGAAGAACCAUUUUAUCGUUAUACACAAGUAGAAAAACUUGUGCUCAUCAGUCUUAAUAUCAAUGAGGCAUUAAUUGAUCUUUCUCGAGUACAAUCUAUGUGUGUAAAUUCAUCUUCAUGGUCAUUAGAUAUGAUUGUUCCACUCAUCCGACAUUCAAUGCCUCGUCUCAAUCAACUCAGUCUCAAUUGUAUAUUUUCUUUAAAAUGUUCAACUUCCAUUAUUCCUCUAAAACAGAUUCGAAUUCUAAAUAUGCCUUUCUUUGCAUACUCAUCAAAUAAUGAGAAUUCUGACUGGACUCACCUUUUUUCAAAUAUCGAACGAUUAUCGAUCACAGUGAAUAGUUGUCAUGAACUGACUUUUUUAAUUGAUCGAUUCAAUAAUUUGUCCUAUGCUUUAUUUAUUGUUAAUAACUGCUGUAUUAAUGUGAGACGAAAUUUCUGGGAACCUAGAAUAACACGAGAAUGGCUUGUCGAAAAUACACGUCGUUUGGCAACAUUAGGCGAUAACGAUUUCACUUGCAGAUUUGACAAUAAAAACAUAUUUACAGUGUAUUUAUGGAUCGGUGAGGAUGGCAAACAACAAAGUAAUGUAUGUCAUAGAAGCUCGCUGUAUUCUUGGUAA